AUGAGCAACAUGGAACGGCAGGAUUACCCAGCCAUGCUGCCACAAUUGCAGCCUGGUCAGGCCGUCGAUAUUCUUAAUGAUCGAGUACGGCAGGUGGGGCGCUUGAAUACUGCAAUUGCAGACUGGUUACAGGAGAGGAGGAAGUUGGAAGAGCAGUACUCGACGGGACUGAGGCGACUCGCGCGGAAGCAGAUUGAGGAUGUGGAUCUUGGCAUAUUCUCUAUCCCAUGGACCACUCUCACCGAAGCAGCCACGACGACGGCGGAUGCGCACUCUUCGCUCGCCGCGAAGAUCGAGGUAGAUGUGGAGCAGCCAUUACGUGAGUUCGUAAGCACGAAUCGCGAGAUGCAGGCCAUGUCGACCAUACAAGGCAAUCUGGCAUCAAUGGCAAAGGACAUCACGCGAGCAAAGGACAAGGCAGAUAAGUUACAGGGUCGAGGAGAGCGCGCGGAGUCUGGAAAGAUCGCGAAUGCUUCUUCCGAGCUUGACCAUGCCGAGUCGCAAUGGCAGUCGCAGGCGCCAUAUGUCUUCGAGAAUCUGCAGGCUGUGGACGAGGCUCGAAUAAACCGACUUCGCGACGUCUUGACUCAAUUUCAGACUCACGAGGUGGACCUGGUACAGAAGAAUCAGACGACCGCAGAGCAUUGCUUGAACGUUCUGCUCAGCCUGCAGACCGAGGACGAGAUCAGGACUUUUGCGCUGAGAUCUGUGCAAGGCAAACCAAGGCCAGCUUCUCGUGCGCCACGACCGAGCGUGCCCACUACGCCCUCAGCCUCACGAGCACCUACAGGGAACUCCAACACUCUUGCGCCGACUCUGUCCCAGUCUGAUAAUAUUAGUCAGCGAUCUGGCUCUGUACAAGAGGACAAGAAGAAGAGCCGGUUUGGUGGUGCCUUGAAACGUCUUGGGACUACUGUAGGCGGGAGAAAGCGCGAGAGUAGGAUGCCGCCUGGUCUUGCACCCAUGGCAGAAUCGCCCGAGAAGAAGUCGAAGUCACCUUUUAACUCCAUCGGCGGCAGGUUCGGCAAGCAAAAGCAUCAGAAUUUGGACGACAUUGAGACUUCUGUCGACACGCCGUCACGAGAGAGACCACGUCCGCCACUACGGAUGGGCAGCGAGAUGUUCGAGUCUAGCUCGGCUGCUCAGCCAACGAGUCCAAAUGCUGCACGCGGACUCGAAUCAUCUCACGUCAAUGGGGGCACAGCUGCUGCAUUAUCCGCUCUCGAAGGUGCACCUCGGCUUCCGCCAAUCAUGGCGAACGGUGGACAUCAAGGUGAUCUGGCAGAUCUGGAGCCCCCGAAGCCGACUCAGCCUGAGCCGGUGCCUAUGGCGGAAACGCAGCGCGAUGCUGAGGGCUACUCGCUUCCACCACAAACUCUUGAUCCCAUCUCACAGGCUCAAGCAGAUGCGGCCGCAGCAGGAGAGGGCAGCUCGCCAGCAUUCAAUGUCAAUAUCCGCAAUGCACCUAUCCAGGAUGAAAGUACUGAUUCUCAUGCUGCUUUGACGAGUAUGGCGAGCACUCUCGUAGGUUGUGUGCCUCCUCACCCAAAGGGACAUGCUAACAAUUCUCAGUCACCUCCGCCUUUCGUUGCCAGUAAGGUAGGCACAGUCCGUGGCCGCCGAAACCGCCCUGUUAGUACCAUUGCCGGAGGCGCGCCGAUGACCGAGUCGCCUGCGGCGCAACCGUCGCCAUCUAUCUUGCCACCAACCACAUUCGCACCGCCUAGUGCUCCACCACCGAGCGCUGCUCCUGUGCAGGCCGAGCAGGCUCGCGAUGCAUUCCCAUCACCCCCACAAGCACCAGCGGCGCAUCAAUCUAGCCUCCCGUCUAUCCCACAGUCUCCCGGUGCCGCGAUUGGUGUCGUAGGCGCAGUGGGUGCAGCAGGAGCAGCGGCCGGUGUAGCUGCGGGUGGUUUCUCACCAUUCUCGUCCACCACCAACCAGCCGCUGCCAUUCAGACCAGAGUCAGCAGCAGGUGACACUGGCUCAAUCCGCUCCGGCAGAUCUCUCACAAGCACCAGCAGCCAAGUGAUGAAGCACCCUGAGCUGACAGAGACUGGUCUCAACUCCUCCGUCGUCGAAACCGUCAGCGCUCGCUUCGAGAACGGCAAGCUAACAAGCUCAUCCCUCAUUGGCGAGAUCGCAUUGGCCUACAACCCAGCCAAUUUCAAUUCGCCUUUCGGCAGCGAAACCAUCCGCCUCGAGAACUUUGCAAGCCUCGAAAAAGUUGCACCAAAUCCUGCCUUCAUUAGCCCUACAGCCACCGGAAAAGAGGGUGAGUACACCCUGAACCUCUCGAGCCUGGCCAAGACACAAGUGGCAUUCAAGUACCAAAUCCAGUCCGAGGCCUCCGCAGCACACACUCCACUCCUAGUAACGCCAGCCUUCAAGAUCGAGCCCACUCAAGCCUCUAUCAUCGUGGCGUACAAUCUCCACCCCGAUUUCCACCUCCACGGCCGAACGAGUCUAACCCUGUCCAACGUCGUCCUGGCCUUAACACUCGACGGCGCGAAAGCAUCCGGCUGCCAAUCGAAACCCAUGGGAUCUUUCUCUCGGGAACGAAACCUCAUUUACUGGCAAUUAGGCGACGUCACGGUCUCGGCGGGGUCCGCUCCACAGAAGCUUCUUGCGCGCUUCACUACAGAUUCGGAAGCUGUGGGUGGCUCGGUGGAGGCGAGGUGGGAGAUUGGGGGGGAGGAGGUGAUGAUGCUGGGUAGUGGGCUGGCUGUGAGCGUUUCGGGCCAGCCUUCCGGUGCGGCGGACGGUUCGGAUCCUUUUGCUGAUGAGGAAGGUGCGGCUGCUGGAGGGUUGACGGCAGUGUGGAGGGGGGUUAGGGGUGUGAAGAAGCUUGCGAGUGGGGCUUAUACUGCUAAGUGA